AAAUUUAAAAAAGGACUAUCAGUUGCUACUUCUUGAACUUAUGAAAAAAAGCUGUUAGCUUCUUUUCAUAUUAGAAUGUCAAUAUCAUCAUCUUCUUCAGUCUCUUUGAGUUUGGUUUCAACUCUCUUAUCUCAAAAGUUAAAUGUCCAUUCUUCAACUCAAUUAUUUCCCCGAGCUAUUCCGAUAACUGCUGCUGCUAGUAAUGAAUCCGUUACUUCUACUACUGAAAAACUUGUCAAUGAAGAAAGCAAUUGCAAGAGAAGAUUGUUACUAUUGGGAGUUGGAGUCCUAUCAUCAACUAGUUUACUCCAAGUAAACCCCCUUCUGGCUGAAGAGGUACCAAAGAACUACAGAGCUUUUGUUGACAAGGAAGAUGGAUAUUCAUAUUACUACCCCUCAGAUUGGAUAGAUUUUGAUUUCAGGGCUCAUGAUUCUGCAUUUAAGGAUAGAACCAAGCAAUUGCAGAAUGUUAGGGUAAGAUUCAUACCUACUGACAAGAAGGAUCUUCAUGAAUUAGGACCAAUGGAGCAGGUUGUAACAGAUUUAGUUACUAAAAGAUAUGCUGCACCAAAUCAAAGGCCAAAUAUAAUCGGCAUGGAGGAGCGAGCUAUAGAUGGGAAGAACUAUUACAGCUUCGAAUAUGUGCUUACAUCUCCAAACUACUCCAGCGUUUCCAUUGCAACUAUAGGAAUUAGCAACGGGAGAUUUUACACCUUAAUUGUGGGAGCAAACGAAAGACGGUGGAAGCGAUUUCGCAGCCAACUCAAAGUCGUCGCAGAUUCUUUCAAGAUGCUUGAUAUCUGAACUACUGAAGAAUAAAGAUAAAUAAACAUAUAAUUUCAUUGUAUAUUCUCUAGAAAAGCUGUCUUCACUUUUACAUUCCUAAACAACAAGAGUUCUUCAGCUUAUUGCAUCCCUAAACAAGAAUAAUUAUAAAUGGGCAAAACCAAACUGAAAUCGGCAAAUUCACUUCAGUUAAUUUUUCAGUUCA